CAACGAGGUCGUCAAACUCAAUUAUCCCAUAAUCCUCUGCACAAACUGUGCUUUGGGCUUCCCUUCGCGUCUGUUUUGAAGCUCGAAAGGCGCAGCUGCGUUUGCGAUUAAAUUCUUGUUGCAACAGUCCAAAUCGCAUAUAUCAAUAAUUACAAACAGUAACAUUCAAAAAUUUAAAUCGAAAUAUUGCGUAGAGACGGGACUUACGGUCUCAAGCCCGAAACACGAUGGCACCAGAAUUGGCCGCAGAUAAUGCGGUUGCAACCACACAUAUGCCGGAGCUGGAUGUUCCAGUCCUCAACAGGAGACAAUGUCUGCCGAAGCCAGAGCAAGCGGAACGGAGUCCACACGUCUGGUCCAUGAUCAAGGACAUGGUGGGCUCAGACAACAUCCUCAGCAUGCCACUGCCCACAGAGAUGCACCUGCCCCUAACAGAGCUGGAGAAGCAGGCAGAAGAGCUGGAGUACUGUGAGCUCCUGGACAAGGCUGCACUGUGCCCCAAGGGCAGCAUUGAGAGGAUGAUGGAGGUUGUGGCGUUCUCUGUGAGCCCCUAUGCAAGCUGCAAGCGCCCCAAGCGCAGCCUGGACCCCCUGCUGGGAGAGACUUACGAGCUGGUGCACCCAGACAAGGGCUUCCGCAUGGUCUCUGAGCAUGUUGCCCGGCUGCCACCCGUCAUGGCACAGCACACCGAGGGGCGCGGCUGGGUCCUGGAAUCAGAGAAUGAGCCGCACGUCUCCUUCUAUGGUGCAUACGUGGAUCUCAACAUGAAUUUCGUCCUGCAAGUCACAUUCGACGAUGGGGAGGUGUACUCGUGGCACAAGGUCCAGACCACUAUCAACAAUCUGAUAGUGGGCAAGAUAUACAUCCAGCACAUGGGCACAUACACCGUGAAGAACCUCGACACAGGGCUGACAGCGGUCAUGGAGCUCGUCAAGCCCAAAAUGAUCACCUUUUCCCUCAAAUCUCGCAAGGAGUCCCAGCACUUGAUCCAUGGGCACCUUGAGGAGAACGGCCAGAAGCUGGACAAGCCCAUCUUCCAUGGCAAGUGGGACGAGGCACUCUAUGCCACCUUGGCAGACGGCUCAGAGCGCCUCCUGUGGAAGCUCAACCCCGCCCCUACGGAGGACAACAGGUGGGGCCUGACGGUGUUUGCCAUGCAAGCCAACGAGAUGACGGAGGGCCUGCGCGAGAAGCUGCCCCCCACCGACAGCCGCCUGCGCCCGGACCUGCAACACCUGGAGCGCGGCAAUUAUGACAAGGCCAAUGCGGCGAAGAAGAUCUUGGAGGACCGCAACGCCAAGUACAUGGCGGAGGUGCGCGCCAGCCGGGCCGACAAAGCGCCGAUCGCCCCGCACUUUUUUGAGCUGGCCACCCCCGAGGCGCCGUUCGGCCGCGCGCUUCGCUGGCGCUACCGCAAGGGAACCUACUGGGAGGACCGCCGCCGGGGGGACUGGUCCCAGUGCAGGGACCCCUUUGGCCUCAACCAGUGA